AUGAUCAUUGUAGAGGAAAGUCAUCCAAAGGCUCCGGGUGUAAGCCAAAGUGUCGAAGACAAAGAAGCGCUUCGAAUCGUGAAGUCUUCAGUGUACAAGGAUGGUCAUUACGAAGUACCAUUGCCGUGGAGAACGGCUGAAAGACUUCCUGACAAUUGUCGCCUAGCCCGCUCUCGAUUGCAAUAUAUAAGGAGGCGUUUUGCAAAGGAUCUGACUUUGUUAGCGCGACGCAGAGAACGCAUAAACAAUAGCAUCAUUAUGGGCUACCUCGAACCUGUAUCCGCUCACCAAUCUAAAUCAGGGGGCGAAAGGAAGUGGUAUUUAACUCAUCACCCCGUUUUGACCCCGAGGAAACCAGGACAGCUUCGAGUUGUCUUAGAUUGCGCGGCCAAGUUUAAGGGUGUAUCCCUGAACGAUAGAUUGUGUAAAGGCCCCGACACUACUGCGAGCUUGACAGGAGUUCUCUCGCGCUUCCUGAGUGAGUAA